CAUUUCCUUGAACAACUGUGAGACACAAAAUUGCUGCUUUCACGUUUUCGAAUUAUACCGAAACGAACUGGAAUAAACCGUUUCCGGUUCAUCCUCUAAACCCUUCCAUCAUCUUGCUCGACCUUCUAGUGGCCAUUUCGUCGCUUCCUUUCGCCAGAUUUCGUGCUCCGGCGCCUGAAAGUUUUCGCCUUUUUGAGAAAUGAAGUAUGUGAAGCCAUUGAGAUUAUUGGGCGAUGCGUUGAAGACAAAAGUGUCAGUACCUGGGAGGUUUCUUGGGUUAGAUGUUGGUGAUAAGUAUGUUGGAUUAGCUAUUUCAGAUCCUUCAAAUAUGAUUGCAACUCCAUUGAGUGUUUUGCUUAGGAAGAAAACAAACAUUGACUUGAUGGCUACAGAUUUCCAGAACCUGGUCAAAGCAUUUUCUGUGUCGGGCUUAGUCGUUGGUUAUCCAUUUGGCAAACUGAAUAAUGUAGAGGACGUUGUCACUGUGAAUCUCUUCAUUGAGGAACUUCGUAAAACCGAAAAACUCAAGGAUGUGAAGUACACAUACUGGGAUGAGCGGUUAUCAUCAAAGACCGUUGAACUGAUGUUGAAGCCCUUGAAACUGCAUCCAGUUCAAGAGAAGACAAUGUCGGACAAGUUUGCCGCGGUGGUUAUACUUCAGGAGUACUUAGAUUACGCAAAUAGGUAUGUAAACACUGAGCCAGCAGAGUAAAAGAAAAGCGGGUAAUGACAAGUUUGAUUCGAUAUUAACAAGCUCCUCCUCUAUUUAGCUAAAAGAGCUAGUUUUCGAUAAUAAUUGAUUUGUUAUGAAGUUGUUGUAACAAGCAUACUUGUAUCUCUUACGAAACUUUGUUUUUAGCCGUGAUCGUAUCUUUUUAGGCAAUUCAUUCGUUGUUU